GGCGUGUGUGAAACUGAAAGGGGUCAAGAGAGAGAAAAAUAAGAAGAGGAGCAUCCAAAGGGAAAAGGCAUUUCUUCCACAAAACUCACAGUAAACAAAGCGUUGUUCUCGUGAGAGACUAGUCUCUGCUGCGCUGUGCUGUGCAACGCAACACACCCCUCUUCCACAGAAAGAACACAAGAAAAAUACCGAAAGGAUAGAGAGCCUAGAGGGUGGAGGGUGGAGGGUGGUCGCCGGAAAAUGGCUGGAGGCGGAUCAUCCGGGAGGUUGCCUACUUGGAAGGAGAGGGAGAACAACAAAAAGAGGGAGAGGAGAAGAAGGGCCAUAGCUGCUAAGAUAUACUCGGGGCUUAGAGCUCAGGGCAACUACAAGCUUCCCAAGCACUGCGAUAACAACGAGGUCUUGAAGGCUCUAUGUUCUGAGGCUGGUUGGACCGUUGAAGAAGAUGGCACCACCUACCGCAAGGGAUGCAAACCACCCCCAACGGAAAUUGCAGGCGCUUCGGCCAACAUCAGUGCAUGUUCGUCCAUGCAACCAAGCCCACAGUCCUCAUCCUUCCCAAGUCCUGUACCCUCUUACCAUGCCAGCCCAUCGUCCUCCUCUUUCCCGAGCCCAACUCGGUUUGAUGGAAACCCCUCUUCAUACCUCCUCCCUUUCCUCCGUAAUUUAGCCUCGAUUCCUACAUCUCUCCCACCUCUUCGAAUAUCCAACAGUGCUCCUGUAACCCCGCCUCUUUCUUCCCCUACUUCGAGAGGUUCAAAGCGGAAACCUGACUGGGAAUCCUUCUCAAAUGGCUCCCUGAAUUCCUUCCGCCACCCUCUAUUUGCCGUAUCAGCCCCCUCUAGUCCUACUCGCCGCAACCAUCUUACACCUGCCACAAUACCGGAAUGUGAUGAGUCUGAUGCUUCUACUGUUGAUUCUGGUCGCUGGGUGAGUUUCCAGACAGUAGCACCCCAGGCAGCUCCAUCUUCCCCUACAUUUAAUCUUGUAAAACCAGUGGCUAUGGAGUGUUCUAUCCCCAAUGCAGUUGAUGAGCAUGGAGGUCUGGGCUGGGGUGCAGCAGCAGAGAGGGGCCGGCCAGAGUUUGAGUUUGAGAGUGGCAGAGUGAAGGCGUGGGAGGGUGAGAGAAUUCAUGAGGUAGGAGUGGAUGAACUGGAGCUUACACUUGGGAGUGGGAAGACUCGUGGUUAAGCUUUGUGCAUGAUCUAAUCUGGUAAUAUAAGAACAAGAGGAAAGAACUUACCAUAUGUUCUGAUUUCUUUGUGCAUUCUCAAAAGUUCCUGGUGUUACUUAGCCACUCAUGUGGCAUUGCUGGAGUUUUUCCUGUUGCUUCUGCCACCCCCUGGGACACCUUGAUUUCAUAUUUGGUGCAUCCUAUCUUUUCUUUCAUUUGUACAGUCCUCUUUCUCAUGGGCUCAUUACAGGAAUCUAUACCUAUUGGAUUCUAUGGCUGAAGUGCAAGAUUUUGAGGCAAGCUUCAUGUAGGGACUGCAGUUCUCAAAUCUUCAGAGUGGGAAAGACUGGAGCUGAGUGAAAUGGGAGGUUAUAGUCUUACUUCCUUGCUUAUGUUUUAGAGUUUCUUUCUUUGGUCCAUUGAUAAUAGGAACCUGUUUAAAUUAUCAUUGGUGGAUGGUCUCACAAGCUUCAAAUAUAGAGAUUGUGUGCUAUUUCUUUUUUGGGAUUAAGGAAUUUUAUCACUUAAGUAGACCCUUUUGAAGAAACACAAACUCAAACCAUUUGAAGUUAGUUUGUUAUUGGUUUAUUAAUACAUUUCUUGUUGGCAAGCAA